AUGCCACCAAAGUUUACAUCGUCUCAAGUUCGAUUGCAAUAUUACAUUAAAAUAUUUUUUGUUUUUAUGUACGUCUUAGGAAUAUAUAUUAUAAUACAAAUGGGCACCAUAUUGACGUCAAAAGGCGACAUUGAUAAGAUAAUGGCAACAUUAUUUUUUGAUACUAUAUUAAGAUUGAUCGCAUUCACGAAAGAUGAUUUAAGCAAAGUCGUGGAUCCCGUUGAAAUGGAAAUUAUUUACAGGCAUGAACGAAGCAUUUUGCGAGAUGCCGUUGUCUUUAUGUCUUUUGGAAAUCUUACAUUAAUAGGAUGGACCAUGGUGCCAAUUAUUAUGGGACGAAGAGUGUUGCCGAUGGCAGCCUGGUACCCUUAUGACUCAAAUCUAUCACCUUAUUACGAGCUGAGCUACUUUCACCAGAUGUCCGCAAUGGUCAUAAUUGCCUACUCCAACAAUUUCUUGGAUGUGAUGGUCAAUUCCAUUGCCAGACAAUUGUGCUGCCAGUUUGAACUAUUGAGGAGACGUCUUGAAAGAUUCACAGAUGCUGAAGGCGAUGAUGAAGAACAAUAUGAAAGAUUAGUUUAUUAUAUAAAAUAUCAAAAGAUGCUUUAUGAAUCGGUGGAGGACACGGGGAAUAUAAUAUGUCCCAUGGCUUUUGCUCAAUUCAGCGUCAGUGGUAUUGUUCUUUGUUCUACACUAUAUCGUAUGUCCACUCAAAAUGGAAUACUUUCUGCUAUACCUGAUAUAACUUAUCUUCUCACGAUGACAUGUCAAGUGUUUGUCUACUGCUGGAACAAUAAUGAACUUAAUUACCAGAGUACCGUAUUAUAUCAAGGACCAUACGCCUGCGAAUGGACCAAGCAACCUGCAAAAUUUAGGCGAGCGCUCCUUCUUCUGAUGACAAGUUGCCAAAGACCAAUAUUGUUACAAGCUGGAGGAAUUAUUCCUAUAACUAUGCAGACCUUUAUGACAAUUGUGAAAUCUUCUUACACUUUCUUCACCAUGGUGAAUCAAGUUAUGGAUUAA